UCUUUCUUCAGCUUCCCUCCUUUCUCCUCUUUCUCCUUUCCAUACCUCUCUGUCCCUCCUGUUUUCUCGUCCCAUUUCUCCCCUGAGUCUUCUCUUAUUUCUGCUAUCUGGUUCUCCUUCCCUCCCUCUCUGACUUUCAGUUUUUCUCAGUCUACCGGUAGAAUAGCAACUCCCAACUUUAAUUCUGACAUCUCCUAAAAGUCUUCUCCACCCCCUGUCACCAUGGCCUCUUCCAGCCCCUCUCUCACUCGCAGCUCCCUAGACACUAGAUCGUGUGGCCUGAAGGCAUUGCCCUUGGAGGUUGACCUGAGGGAACUUUCCUGGGCACACCCAAGGCCCUUUCCCAGGCUCCUGGUCCCAAGUGAAAAAUGGCCUUUUCCCCACCCUUAAGCCACCAGCUGAGCUUGGGACAGUGGGAGAUUUGGUGGCCCCAGGCCUUAUCGGACUCAGAGUGCGGAAGGGGAAGAAGGAAGAUGACUAAUUACAUCAUCUCCAGUUUCCCUGGGCUGGGGACAAGUGUCCCUAACACUGUUCCCAUCCCUACUGAGUAUUAGGAUGAGGGUGGGUGGUAGUGAGAGUGAAUUGGGUAACUGGGCUGGAAGUGAAAGUGUGUGCGCGGGGCGCUCGUGUGUGUUCGUGUAUGUGUAUGUGUAUGUGUAUGUGUGUGCCUGUGCGCGCUUGUGUUGGGCAGGUCCGGCUGUCAGUGGCCGCCUGGCGCCCCAGGCGCUCCAGCCUCCUGUCGUCGGCCGGCGCACUGAGCCAGCAGCCCCGGCCUUUAGGAUUUCUGGAAUGAGUGUGAGGAUUUCUGCGGUACAGCGAAACUUUGUUAGGACAGGUCUUUAAGAAAACAGCCCUCUUCCCUUUUUCACAGCGACCACCCUCGACAGUUCUGAGCCCCGCCCUCGGACCCUUCUCCACAUGCUUUUUGGUGGUGGGGGGAUGUGGCUUCCCAAGGCCAGGCACUCGCAGUUGGCCGGAGCGCGAGGGGUUCCUGGAGGGUGGCUGCUGCGGCGAGACGCCAAGCGUGUUUUCCAUCCAUUCCCACCUGCCCUGCUAGCUGAGACGUGAGAUUCAAGGGGUGCCGGAAUAGAACUGUGGGUUCUAUUCCGCGAAGGUGUGUUCACUUCAUCCACCGCCACUUUUCUUUCUCUCCACGCAGCGCGUGUCAGGUAGGAGUAAAUGCUUAUAGCGUUUCAUCUCGCGCGCAAAAUCCAAACAAAACUUUCACACUUCUUCAGCGAGUUCUGAGGACGCACCCGUCCUUGGCGGAGAGGACCAGAACAUGAGGGGACAUAUGUGUCCCGUCGUCAGCUGGGUCUGUGUCGCCUGAAGGGGCGUGAAGAGCGCCCACUGGAUGUUUUGGGGGAAGAGGAGCGGGGUGGGUCUGGCCCGGGCUCACUUUGAGAAGCAGCCGCCUUCCAAUCUGCGGAAAUCCAACUUCUUCCACUUCGUCCUGGCCCUCUACGACAGACAAGGCCAGCCCGUGGAGAUCGAGAGGACAGCGUUUGUGGGGUUCGUGGAGAAGGAAAAAGAAGCCAACAGCGAAAAGACCAAUAACGGAAUUCACUACCGGCUUCAGCUUCUCUACAGCAAUGGGAUAAGGACGGAGCAGGAUUUCUACGUGCGCCUCAUUGACUCCAUGACAAAACAAGCCAUAGUGUAUGAAGGCCAAGACAAGAACCCAGAAAUGUGCCGAGUCUUGCUCACACAUGAGAUCAUGUGCAGCCGCUGUUGUGACAAGAAAAGCUGUGGCAACCGAAAUGAGACUCCCUCAGAUCCAGUGAUAAUUGACAGGUUCUUCUUGAAAUUCUUCCUCAAAUGUAACCAAAAUUGCCUAAAGAAUGCAGGAAACCCACGUGACAUGCGGAGAUUCCAGGUCGUGGUGUCUACGACAGUCAAUGUGGAUGGCCAUGUCCUGGCAGUCUCUGAUAACAUGUUUGUCCAUAAUAAUUCCAAGCAUGGGCGGAGGGCUCGGAGGCUUGACCCCUCGGAAGGUACGCCCUCUUAUCUGGAACAUGCAGCUACUCCCUGUAUCAAAGCCAUCAGCCCGAGUGAAGGAUGGACGACGGGAGGCGCGACUGUGAUCAUCAUAGGGGACAAUUUCUUUGAUGGGUUACAGGUCAUAUUCGGUACCAUGCUGGUCUGGAGUGAGUUGAUCACUCCUCAUGCCAUCCGUGUGCAGACCCCUCCUCGGCACAUCCCUGGUGUUGUGGAAGUCACACUGUCCUACAAAUCUAAGCAGUUCUGCAAAGGAACACCAGGCAGAUUCAUUUACACAGCGCUCAACGAACCCACCAUCGAUUAUGGUUUCCAGAGGUUACAGAAGGUCAUUCCUCGACACCCUGGUGACCCUGAGCGUUUGCCAAAGGAAGUAAUACUUAAAAGGGCUGCGGAUCUGGUAGAAGCUCUGUAUGGGAUGCCACACAACAACCAGGAAAUCAUUCUGAAGAGAGCGGCCGACAUUGCCGAGGCCCUGUACAGUGUUCCCCGCAACCACAACCAACUCCCAGCCCUUGCUAACACCUCGGUCCACGCAGGGAUGAUGGGCGUGAAUUCGUUCAGUGGACAACUGGCUGUGAAUGUCUCCGAGGCAUCACAAGCCACCAAUCAGGGUUUCACCCGCAACUCAAGCAGUGUGUCACCACACGGGUACGUGCCGAGCACCACUCCCCAGCAGACCAACUAUAACUCCGUCACCACGAGCAUGAACGGAUACGGCUCUGCCGCCAUGUCCAAUUUGGGCGGCUCCCCCACCUUCCUCAACGGCUCAGCUGCCAACUCGCCCUAUGCCAUAGUGCCAUCCAGCCCCACCAUGGCCUCCUCCACAAGUCUCCCCUCCAACUGCAGCAGCUCCUCGGGCAUCUUCUCCUUUUCACCAGCCAACAUGGUCUCAGCUGUGAAACAGAAGAGUGCUUUCGCACCAGUCGUCAGACCCCAGACCUCCCCGCCUCCCACCUGCACCAGCACCAACGGGAACAGCCUGCAAGAUCAGUCUUUUGUGGACUCUAGCAAGUUCUCCAGUGCAGGGUCUCUCCCGGGACUGGCCUUCUCCUGAAGUAGGUCACUCAACCUUCCCUUCCUGUUGCCUGUGUCAGAGUGAACGUGUGCGGGGCUGAUAACAGGGAGGGGGUGAGCCAUAACUUGAUCAGAGCCCUGAAGUUAGAGCAUCAUAGACCAAAGGUCAAAGACUUCCUACUGGGAUUAAGAAACUCCAGAAUACCACUAGAGUAUUCUGGUUCAUACUAAAAUUGUUCAAUCACUUUCCCCCCAUUGCAUAUGGAAAAUAAAAUAGUUGCUAAGAGUUGAGAUGACCUUUUCAUUCAUUAAGAAUAAAAAGUUACCCACCUUUUAAAACUGAGCACACCAUUUCUAACAUUUUUCUUAUGAGCUCAGCACUGUGUUGUGUGUCAUAUGUUGAGAACUGCGCAACCCCAUUCAUUGCCCCCAGCAGGAUUGUGUGGUAGGUACUCAUAUCUCCCACUUGACAGAUGAGAAAACUAAAGGUUAGAGAGGUCACGAAAUUGCCUGACUUUUAACAGCUGAUACAUGGCAGAAGCUGGCUUCAAACUCAGACUCAAACAUUCAUCUCCUAAAUACUUUAUUACUCAGCGGUGGUAAAAGAGACAUAGUUAGGAUUCCUAAGGCAGCUGGUAGGGAGAUAAGAUUAAUAAACUCAUCGACCACCAUUUAUUGAGCACUGAACAGUGUAUCUGGAGCCGUCCUAUGCACGGAGCAGAUUUUAUACCAUUUAAUCCUCACAUCUUCCUAAAGUAUGAGAGCUAUUAUGGUCUUCAUUGUGCAGAUGAUAAAAUGGAAGCUUAAAGAGGGUAAAUAUCUGACCACAGACAUAGUCGGUUAAACGGUGGAGAUGAAUGUAAGUCCCAUCAGAGUCUGUGCCCUUAAGCCCAGCCAUACAAAGGUUCCCACAGUGCCUUCCCUUGGUGGCCGGCACCUCACUGAUGGAGGUCAGCCUGGAAGUCAGGGAGGGGUGAGGAAGGCAGUGCACAUAUCUGGGAUGUCUCAGCCCUGUUUCUUAUGUAAAAGUACAUGCAUAUUUACACUUGUCUACACAUACUGUGUGCUGGAUGCUUUACACUGUGGGAAGCAUAUAGUGAUUCCCCUGAAGACCCUAUGAUGUCAGCACUAGUCCCAUUGUACAGAUGGGAAACUUGAGGCUCAAUUUGAUCCAGGUCACACGGCUAGUAAAUAGUACAGCUAAACUGGAACCCAAGCCAUGUGAACCCAGAGCCUGAGCACCCGAUCACAUUGUCUUUCUGCCUCCAGAAGGACUCUUCAAAAUACUCCCCAGAACCCUGCUUGCAAAUCUUCCCAGCACAGCCAGACUCAGUGCCCCACAGAGCACGCUGCUCUCCCCCACUCUGACACACAGUGGCAAAUCCAUCUUCUUAGAGGAAAGAGGAAAAAAAAAAAAAGCCUGCCUGUGCAACUACAUUUCAGGCAAUAUUACUCAUGAUAGAAAAUGCCCACCCCCACAAAGUAGAGCCACCCAUUCCUGCAAAUCUGAUUCUCUUUCAGCUAAAAAUAAUGCUUUGUCACCCUCAGUACACCUCCAGCUGGCAAACUAGGGAUAUAAUGCUUGAGCGAACAUAACUUAUAAUAGUUUUAAAUAAUGAUCAUACAUAUGGAAAGCAGAAAUUUACCAUUCUUGAGCUGCCAAUCUCAGCCCUUGCUAAACAUAGAUUUGACAUUAGAACCAGAUAUGAUGGGGUUUAUAAUCAGCAGUUGAGGGGAGGCACUGGAGAAGAACAGGCCCCCGCUAUUGGAAGGUCAGUGGCUGUAUCACAGGCCAACAGUGACAGAAGUGGGCGGCUCCCAGGAGGCCUGAUGUCUUCUCAUGCCCUGUGGUCCUAGGAGGAAGCAGGAAGUGGUUGGAAACAGGGGCUGGGCCCAGAUCUUAUGACUUCCUGGGUUUCAGGAGAUCCGGUUAUCACCUGAAAGCCAGGAUCUGGAUGAGGGUAUGUGCGUGUUUAAGUAAUGAUGAAAUGGCUUCAGGACAGGGACUCAGACAAAGUUUGUACAUUUGUCCUCCCAGGGAUUUUCUAACCCACUUCUUACCCAAUUACAGAUCCCAAAAGUACAGAGACUGUCCCCAUUUCUCUGAAUAACCGCCGAGUCUGUGCCUCUCGGUCACCUUUCCUAACACAAGGCCACAGCGUGGGAGGUUUGAGGUCUGGCUCAGGGACACACCUCUUGCUGGAUUCACUGUUGUGGACGACAUUGCCCUUUCCUUCUGAUUGAACAAAUGUCGAGGGGACUUUUCUGAAUUUCCCCCUAUCCCAUGCCCUGACUAUUGAGCAUGAUGAAACAACAACUAUAAAAAGAAUGGGCUGGGCAUGGUGGCUCACACCUGUAGUCUCAGUACUUUGGGAGGCGGAGGUGGGUGGAUCACCUGAGGUCAGGUGUUUGAGACCAGCCUGGCCAACAUGGCGAAACUUCAUCUCUACUAAAAAUACAAAAAUUAGCCAGGCCUGGUGGUGUGGCCUGUAGUCCCAGCUACUAGGGAGACUGAGGGAGGAGAAUCGCUUGAACCUGGGAGACAGGUUGCAGUGAGCCGAGAUCGUGCCACUGCACUCCAGAGCAAGACUCUAUUUAAAAAAAAAAAAAAAAAAGAAAGAAAAGAAAAAGAAAAAAAAUGGUUUUGUUUUGCUCAUACUGUCGUAUACCAAAUAUCCCUACUUUUGAGAUGUCAGUGAUAGACAUACGAAUGGUUAAAUUAAUGUAAACAUCUCACUUUAAGCUCUUCUUUCUGCCCACUGUGCCCCCAGGUGCUGGGUUGGCAGGUGGGGCUCACACUCUGGGACUUGCCCCUUUACCCUCUGCACACCAUCUCCAGCAGGGCAAAGAGGACCCAGUCUUAGAUGAGCAGCACCAGUUUUUCAGGGCACUCUUGCUUGCGCCACAGAGGUUUUCCCUGAGAAAGGUGAUAAUCAGAGAAUUACUUCGUCUUUGACUUUCCAAACUCUAUUUCUACCAGAAAAAAAAAAUGGAUGUAGGCAGGUUAUGGAAUCGGUGUAAGGAUCCCUGAAGUGUUUUAUUCCACCUUUUUCCUUUUAAUGUUACAGUAGCACCUACUUCAUUGGGACCCACCUAGUUCAGAAUUGUGAUCAUUAAGACAGGGCAAGUGACUAGAAAGUCUUGGUUAAGCAAAUUGCCCAUGUAAACAAGAUUAGAGGUGCCACAUUUAGGCCAUUUAAGUGUUUUCAAGGCCUAUUUACCUCCAACUGCCACUCUGUUAACUGUACAUGGUUCUGUUUUUUAAAGCCGACUCCUAAAAGACCUCUUCCCCAUCAGUGCUCCCUUAGUCUCCUGUGGUUACUACAUGCAUGUUUAUUCCCCAAGAACUAAGCACUGCGAUGUCACAUGGUGGCAGAAUGGUGGGAUAAUGGUGAACACAGCCACCGACUAGGAGGGCUUAUUCCUAGCCUGGCUCCCAACCACACUUAAGGUAGCCUGUCUAUUGUCCCUCUUAUACAGAUGUGGAAACUGAGACUGAAGCUAAGUUGGCUUGUCCCCAUUUACACAACUAGCAAGCAAGGAAGCCUGGGAUUUAAGCCCAGACAGAUUGACUGGACUAUGUUAAGCCACUAUGCUAUAUUACGUUUCUAUAUUCAAGCCACUAGAUUAGGCCCUUAAGGGCUACAAAAUCCUGCCCAUAAAAUCUUUCCCUGUAUUAGGGGAGACAUGACACCAAAGUAAAUAAGGAAGAUCUGUCUGGGAAAGGCUGGGCACCCAGCUGUGGAAGUACAGAGGAAGGAAAGAUGAAGGAGAAUUCCGAACAGGUUGCCUCCAUGAGGAGGAAGUGGGAUUCAGGCCCAGGGAGAUGGGGGCAAGGAGCACUUUCAGCAGAAGGACUGAAGACAACCUUAGCCAAGAAGCAGAGGCAGGCAUGUCCUGGAUAACGUGUGGUGUGAACAGUAGGAUUCACAGAUUCUAUCAUGAUUCCAGCUGGCUUUCUCUCCCAGGUAGAUAAAACGUUUGAAAAAGUUACCAUAUAUCUGAGUUGUGUUUUUUUGUUUUUGUUUUUGUUUUUGUUUUUAAAGCAACUCUAGUCUCGACUUCUGGAGCCUCACAAAAUGUCCUGUUAAAAAAUAAAAAUAUAGUUGUCAAAACAAUUUGGAAUGUGGUGCUCCCUGGAUCACUAUCUUGGACAUCCACAAUUAAAGUCUCUGGGGCAUCCUGCAGUUAAAUAAAAAUGACUAUUUCAUUUAGUUUGCCAAACUUAUUUUGACAUACAGAGUCCUCUUCUGCAUGUUAAGAACACUUAAUGUCAUAUGAAAAACUUUGGAAAAUGCAACUAUAUUUUAGAUUUAAAAAGAAAAAUGCAGAGAUACCUCUUUCUGCUCUUAUGCAGGUGAAGCAAUUGGUAAAUCCUGGUCCCAGACUACCUAACUGUGUCUGUUUUCCAGAGCCAAAGACUUGAGUCACCAACUAUGCUCAGUCUUUGUCCAUGGAGAUGUCCUGUUCCCUUCUCCUGAAGCUUAUGCUGCUUAGAGCUUGGGUUUCAGGCAAUUGAGGCCUCAAAGGACUUCAUUAUUCAAGAGAGAGGCAUCCCCAAGAAGGCUGUCGCAUGCCAUUGGAACCCCCACUGAUGUAAUGAUUCCAAACCCUAGUCAUGUCCUGGAUAGUCUAUGCAUGAAAAAUUAACAAAAAGGCCAGAGUAAUUUCACAAAAAUAGUAUCCAUAUACUGAUGUUUUUCUUUUCCACCUUGCUGAAGCUCAGGCUGGCUCUUCUCAACCCUAGAUAUCAUGCAGCCCAGGACCAAAUCCUAUGGAAUUGUCAUUUUUUCCAUGCACAUAUUCAGUCGGUGCAAGAUUUACCCACUCACUUACCCCGCUGUUCCUGAUUAGCUCAUAAUUUUUUUUUUUUGAGACGGAGUCUCCCUCUGUAGCCCAGGCUGGAGUGCAGUGGCACGAUCUCGGCUCACUGCAAGCUCCGCCUCCCAGGUUCGUGCCAUUCUCCUGCCUCAGCCUCCCGAGUGAUUAGCUCAUAAUUCUUACACAUGUGGUGGUUUGGGGAAGACCACAUUCCAUCCUCUCCAAACCCUCCCAGCUCUGCAGAACUUUGUUUUGUCUUUGUUUUUAUCAAAAAUGUAGAAACGGUAAUGAAAAAUGCAUUGCCUCUCAAAGCAAUAGUUUUCUGAGCUUCCGUCAAAGAACAUGAUCAUCCAGCUGCUGGGGAAAAUGGCAGAGCCACCAUGGUCUUGUGAUGUCCUGGCACAUGGUGUUGAGAGGGUGGUGUCCUCAUGGGAAUCUUUAUGCACUCCACUUGGGCAAGUUAGCAUGCCAACGGCAUUUCUGGAACAUUCCAAGCUCCAGACACCCAUCCCUCUCACCCACAUAAUGAAUCUUCAGAUUGCAGCACAGAUAUAAGAAAAACAACUCCUAAAACUCAAGAUCUUCAGGCAGUUGUGCAGUGAGUUUCUCUAUUAAAAGGGCCUCUGGAGGUAUCUAGGCUUAGAAGCCACAGGCAGGGACCUUUUCCCAUAAUUUACUCAACAGCAAGGGUUCUGCCCUUGGAGUUGAGAAAGUCAUGAUUGGGAUUUAGAGAACCGUAACGCUUUGAUGUUACAUGCAAAAUUCUGGGUGUGGGCAACAUUGGUCUUAGAAUGUUCCAGAAAUGCUGUGGCAUGCUGUCUUGCUCAAGUGGGGUACAUGAAAAUUCCUCAUGAGGACACUUAGCACCUUGUACUAAGACAUCACAACUUCUUUUGAAGAGAGUUUCCGUAGCUCCCGUUAGAUGCUCAGAGAAGUCUGUGGGCCGAUGAAGGUGAAGUAGGAAAGUAGGAGAGGGCCAAACCCACCCACUAGACCCAUAUAUCAUUAAUUUCAAUUUUUUGCUAUCAUGUAUAAACUUGACUAUUUCAUUUAAAAAAAAAAAAACAAAUUCUACAUCUCUAGCUUCUCUUGAAACGGUUGAGAGUAUCAGUGGCUGCGAGCAGGCAUUCCUGCCCAGUGGCAUUUGGUGGGAGCUGAGUCACUGCCCAGGCAUGCCCUUGGCAUCAUCACCUCCAUCCUCACUUCCCCACCCAGGGGAUUCGCUCACUCCUCUUCGCAGCCUGGGCUCUUGGGGUGCUGGAGUUUGCAGCCCCAGUAGUCCAAAAUAAAAAGUGCUGUUAGCUAUGAACUGGCACGUCAGUUAGCUUUGCUUUAGAACUUUUAAUGUGGCCCUAAGUGGAGGCUUAAUCUAGUUGAUCUAACACAAUAUUUGGGUACCAAAAGACUGCUUUGAUUUUUUUUUUUUUAAAUUCUGGUCAUUCAAAUGGGAUGUUUUCACAGUCCAGCUGAUAAAUGUUGGCUGGACCCACCAACCAAAUUAGCUUUUUCCUUUGCUUUGAAUCAUAUUGAUACUGUCUGAGUUGUGUGACUAUACUAUAGGGAACUGCUCUUCAAUGCCAGGCACGCAGAAUAGAUUUUGGUGGAAAGCAAAUGUAGACUUGCACCUUUUGCUACAAGCUUAAAACUCCUGCUGCCUUUAGUAAAGUUGCCUGGACCUACCUCCAGCCCGGAUGAAAAGAUCCCUGGGGAGGCAGAGCCAUGCUGGGCUGUCACACAGCAAAGAUCCCCCCUUGCGCCUCCUUGCCUUUGGAGCGAUAGCAUCUCGAAUUCUCCAGUUAAGGCUUGGAUUGAAGUACUGAGCUCCUGGUUUCAGUCAAACCUAGGGCUCACUUGAAUCUUAGGGGGACUGCAUUUCCAACUGAUCCCAAGUCUUCGGGGGUUUAAGUUGGUCUGCAUUUGGCAAAAGACAACUUCCUGUUUCUAAGAAGAAAAGGCUUAUGAGGGCUUACGGAAAGGACUCCAGGAGCUUUUGGGCUGCAAAACGGCUCUUGCAAAACAACAUUUGGAUGAUUUACGUGUAAAUGAAUCAGAAACAUGUGGAUUGAAUUUCCUUGUGAAUACAGAUGGGUUUAAAAAUUAACGGAAAAAGUGUUUGGCAAAAUACUUUUUGGUUUUUGUUUUAAUUGAAUCUAAAAUGCCAGGGGUGGGGGUAGGGAAGCCGGAGGAACGUGGGGGUCUCAGGGCUAAGAGCCCCAGGUGGCCUCCCUGUAUCCACUUGCAGGAUUUGUGGUACUGGGAUUCGUGGGGGUUUUUUUGUUUUUUGUGUUUUUUUUAAAAGGCACAUUCUUCCAGACAUGAUCAUUAGUAAACGAAGAGGGCCACUUCCUAGACACAGUUAUCACUGACAAGAACAUUAAUUUACAUUUAGAUUUGCCAUAAAAAGAAAACAAUGACUCUCUCUGCCUGACAAGACACUCAACCGUCAUUGGGAGCCAAAGACGCCUGCCCCUUGCUUAUAAUGGCAGCAUCUCUCUCACCUUGACAUGUUUCAAAGUUGCCACCCUGUUUUAAUUUUCUUACAGUUAUCCUUUUAUUCUUCCCACCAAUCACACAAAGUGUGCCACAUGGGAUGGUGCCUAUUUAAUAUAAGAGCACAUACAGCCCAGAGAAGUUAAGCAAUUAACACAGGGUCACACAGCUAGUUUAGCAGCAGAAGUGGUGGGUUAAAAAUCCCAGCAGCUAACCUCUAUCAGGUCGUCACUAGGAGCUGAACCCAGGCUAAGCACUUUGCAUAUAUCAUUUUAUUCACCUCUCCAAUAACCCUAAGUGUUGCUGUGAUUCUAGCUACAGAAGCUGAGCUUCAUAGCAGAAAAGCCAGAGGUGGGACUCAGGCCUAUCUGAUUCUGUGUUCUCUAAAUACCACCAUCUGCGACCUCCUGGCUCUGAACGCUUUCAACAAUUUUUGGUUACCUCAAACAGCCUUUUUUUUCCCCCCAGGAUCUCACUCCAGCUUUCCCAGGCUACAAUUUUCUAGGAAAUAUGGUCAGAUCAUUCCCAAAACGUUGAGUGAAGCCGUGAUAUGGAAGACAUUCUGUAGUUUCAUGCAAACCUGUCUUCUCCUCCCAGCUAUGCUUUCUCCCAACUUUAUAUUCCCAGUGAACAAGGCCUGCUGUAGCUGGCAUUUCCUUCUCCCAGCUCAAGGACCUAAGCAAAGGCAUUCAAGAUUUCUGCUUUGUGGCUCAGUUUUUGUGCUAAUACAGAGGACGGGGAGAGCCAUAUUUUUUGUAGAAAUUGCAUGCAGUUCGGAUGGACCACUUCUUUCUAUUUUGGAUGUGAAGGGGAGGGAAAAAAGAAUGACAAACUGAAAAUUCUCACUACUUUGCAAGGUUCGAAGCUGCAACUUUCGCAGUGGUAUUCAAACUAUGCAACUUUCCAGUUAUGCCUUAAAAUUGAAAUCAGAUUUGGAGGGAUGUUUAGGAUAUUUUGUUCUUUUAAAGACACAUGCCCAUGCUGAUUUAUGAUAAUUUUUAAUAAAGCACAUGUAUAUUUUAUAAUGAAAACUCAUUCCAGAGAAGAUGAGAGCAAAUUUGUGGUUAAUAUUCAAACAACAUAGUUGUGUGUGGGUUUUUUUUUUUUUUUAAUCUUUAUUACUUUUCUCAGUGAGA